AUGUUGCUCUUACAUAUUUUACGAACAUUACAAUUCACUUUUGCUGCAAUAGUUUUUGUCAAUGAUGCAAUCAUUUCGACCGGUUAUGUGGAAUACAUGAUUGGCAACCCACCUUAUCCCGCUUACCUUCUUAUUCCAAACUUCGUCACGCUUUUACUAAGUGGGUAUUACACGAUAUCAAUAGAAAAGCAAUGGAAAAAAGUGCCAAAUAAAUGGGAUUUUCUAUGUCAGGGAUUCCUACUUACCUUAUGGAUUCUUUAUUCCGCCUUUAAGUUAACGCAUGUAAGUGGAUUCGAAAUUUGGAGCAAGGCUGUCAUUCUUCAAAGUGUAAUACCUUGGGAAAAGGGUGAAUUGGAAACUUUGGUAUUUAUCGGCUUAGAAGUCGGUAACGCAACGAUAGCUUUUGGUUACGUUAAUAUGUUUUUAUGCGUUGCUUCAUUCACCACUUUGAUAUGGACCUAUUGGUCAAGUCAUUCACGAGGUGGUAAAAUUAUUGAUGGUGGAAUUGCCGCCAAUCAUGUCGAGACCAAAUUUACCCCACAGAAUAUUGUGUGA